CAUGAGAGAGCCUGGCCCUCGCCAUCCUACUCUUCCUCGGCAUCCUUCCUCCCGCCCCCCGGCGCGCCCCGCCCCCCCUCCCCUCCCGGGCACGCCGAGAGUCGCGACUCGCCGCCCGCCGCGCUGACCCCGCGCAUCCCCACCGUGGGCAGGGGGUCACCGGGAGGCCGGGGCGCGGAGAGCCCAACCCCGCCAGCCCCCAGGCGAGCAGCCCCGCUUAAAUACCCCCGCGCCCGCCUUCCGGCCGCACAGCUCGCCGGGCGAGGGGCCGCCGCCAGCCUUCUGCCGCCGCCGGGGACCUGCGCGCCCGCCUUCCGCCGCCGAGGACCAGAGACGAGGCCGGCCAUGCCUGCGCACUUGCUGCAGGAGGAGGAGUUCUCCUCCGCUUCCAGCACCACCACUGUCGGCACCCUUACCUCCCGGGUGACCAGGAAUGGGGAUGCCAUCGUGGGAAAGGACUUAAUCAAUCAUGAGGACUUGGCAGGAGACCGGGGCAUGAUAGACGAUCUCUUUGAUGAGACCUACCAGGAGAAAGAGGGCCCCAAGCCCCCUGUGCGAUACGUCUGGAGGAAUAUCAUCCUUAUGAGCCUGCUGCAUCUAGGGGCCAUAUUCGGGUUGAUGCUGAUACCUUCUGCAAAGAUCCAGACACUGGCAUGGGCUGUUUUGUGCUUCCUGGUGAGCGCUCUGGGGAUAACAGCUGGAUCUCACCGCCUCUGGAGCCAUCGGUCCUACAAAGCCACGCUGCCCCUGCGGAUCUUCUUGACUAUUGCAAACUCUAUGGCCUUCCAGAAUGACAUCUACGAGUGGGUCCGGGACCAUCGUGUCCAUCACAAGUUCUCCGAGACAGAUGCAGACCCACACAAUGCCAUGCGGGGCUUCUUCUUCUCCCACAUUGGCUGGCUGUUGGUGCGCAAGCACCCGGAUGUCAUAGAGAAGGGCCAGAAGCUGGACCUGAGUGACAUAAAGGCCGACAAGGUGGUGAUGUUCCAGCGGAGAUACUACAAGCCUUCGGUGGUGUUGCUGUGCUUCACGCUGCCCACUGUAGUGCCCUGGUACUUCUGGGAUGAAUCCAUCAUCAUCAGCUUCUUCAUUCCAACCAUCCUGCGCUACACCAUAGGGCUCAAUGCCACUUGGCUAGUGAACAGUGCUGCCCACAUGUUUGGCAACCGGCCGUAUGAUCAGCACAUCAACCCCCGGGAGAACCCCCUGGUCAGCCUGGGGGCCCUAGGAGAAGGCUUCCACAACUACCACCAUACCUUCCCCUAUGACUACUCCACCAGUGAGUUUGGAUGGCGCUUCAACGUAACCACAGCCUUCAUUGACCUCAUGUGCUUCCUGGGGCUGGCCAGCGAUCGCAAGAAGGUCUCCAAGGAAGUCAUCCUGGCUCGGAAAAUGCGGACUGGAGAUGGGAGUCACAAGAGUGGCUGAGUUCCUGAUCCCCUUCACACACACAUCCACACCUCUCUUUCCUCCCUUUUUUCUCCCUUUCUCCCUUCCUGACUCCUCUGAACACGCUGGACAAAGGUUUAAUGUUCUGUUUACUAACUACUGAAUAAUGCUACCAGUUUGCUUAAGAUAAUGAUAAUGAGUUUUAACUCUCCUCCCACACUGUAUUUUACGUGAUGUAUUUAAGAUCUAGGACUUUGCCUUUAUAAUGCAAGGCCACCCCUUCCCUCCUGUGAUCUCCUUUUCCUUUCCAUUCUUUCUCUCCAGCCCUGCUACCCUGUCUCCCACUUCACAUUGCCCCGGUCUCUCCUGACAGAGGAGCUGGUAGGCAGCAGCCGUCGCAGCCAGCUACAUACCAUGGAGUUAUGAAAGCCUGUACCAGCCAGUUGAAGAGUUGAGCCAAAGUCAGUGACCCUCUCCCCACCAUUUUGCCCCCAGAAUUCCUUCCUCUGUCCCUUCUACUUUCUCAGGGGCAGCUGACAGAUGUGGCAUGGCUAAAUCGCUCUCCCUGGGAAAAGCAACCCUGUCUCCCCUUCCCUUGCCAUCAGAAAAGAGAGUUGUCUCAUUCUGAGAUGCCUCUUGGGAAGCAUUCUCCCGCACUACAUGGCCUCUCUGGCUGGGGAGAGGAGAGCCUCCAGACUUCUGGAGCUCCAGCCAGGUCCACCGUUGGCUCAGGGGAGUCUGGUGGCAGCAGCGGGCUCUGAAGGGUGGUCUUGGUGACCUUAUUACCUCCUCCCUCUGGCACUACAGCCUCUCUCCCUGCACUGCCCACUGUGUGCUGUGCCAGGAGGGACUGAAGGCAGAGCCUGGCCCUGGGCUCCAUGGCCCCUUUAGAGAGCCACAGCGAGGAGGGGGACAGAUGGAGGGGUGUACCACUGGCUUCUGUGGGGCAGCACCAGCCUGGGGUGCUUCUGUUCACCACCACCACUGAGAUUUUUGCCAGCAAAUGGGAGUUUGCCAAAACAGAGAGGGAGAGAAGGAUGUAAACCAAAGCUCUACAGCGGAGUUAAGCUGCUUUAUGAGCUAGAAGAACAGGGUCUCUGGUGGGUGGCAGGUGGAUGUCCUGGUGUCCGUACCUGCCCUGCUGAUCCGCAUCCCGUGCUGAGCACAGGGCUAGGGAGUGCCUGCAGGCAUAGGGAGGGGUGAGGGUGUCCACACGCGUAGGUGGCUCCGUCCUCUAGGCCUCUGCUCGGUCAAUUAACAAGUGCCUGAGAAACAGCGAUGCAGAGCCAGGCGGUACAGGGUCUCUGGAGAGUCAAGACCUCCAAGGUGAGGCACUGCUGCUGGUGUGGGCCACCUCCAGGCUUCCCUACCCAGGGUCCACCGAGGUGAUUUGACAUUCCCCCUUGCUCCUCUGAGGGAGUGGGAAGGGGAGGUGAAAGCAGCUCCUUGUUAGUCCCUUAGCUUGCCUCCCAGUCCCCUUGGCGAGCUAUUUUGCCACCUCGCUCCUUUGCCGGUGAGGAAGGCAGCGAGGGUGGCUGAGCCUGCAAAAAGGUCAGUUAUAUCACCGAGCCAAUGUGGGUACGCAGCUGGAGGGCAUGCUGGGGAAAGAAGUCCUUGUGGGAGCUGUUUCCUGCAAGUUGCAGAGACUGCAGCUUGAGUUCAGGCUUGGGGUUAGGGUCUGUCUGGGUCUUGUGGUGCCAAGGCCCUCGCUGGGCUGAACGUGCUUUUUUCCCCCCCAACUGUCCCCAUUAUUACUAAUUUUUGUUCUUAUUAGUUGUACCAAUAGUAUUGUUUUUGCUUAAAUGCAUCAAAUGGAGCUGGAGGAAAGCACAAGAGGUGGCCGGAAUGAGGUGACACUGAAGUGGGGUUUGCAGUGUCUCCCUUACUGGGGCAGGCUAGGGAGGGCAGAAACGAGCAGAGAUGGAUGCCAGCAUCCUCUCUGCAGCUUUGCUUUCUGCUGCUGUGCAACGAGUGAGGAGCCAGGACAGCUCUGUGAUGUUCUCCUUAACAAAAGCACAUUUGUUACUCAGAAAAGGCGGCCUUCUCCUCCCCUUUCCUCUCCCUGCCACCACCAUGGCCUUGUUAUUGCUCAGCAACGGGACCUUUCAAACUUUUGAGCCGUCAGGAGCGAUGUGGUCUCCAGCCAAGAGGUACAACAGGAAGGAAUGGAGCAGGGAGCCCUUUAGCAGCUGGUGUCAGGAGACCCUGAGCAUCAUGACUGCCUGAAGGCUGGCUGGGGCUAAAGGGAGUUGUGCCUAGCGUUGUAUCCUACCACUUAAUUAAAAAAACAACAAAAAAAAAUAGAAAACCAAACCUCAAAAAGAAGAUAAACUGUUAGCUCUGUAAUUGCUGGGUGACUUCGGUCUACUCUAAACCCAUAUGAACUCAUAGUGAUAUCCAGAGAGGAUGAAUUUGCUCCAGCUAGUCAAUUUGAAAGGGGUGUGGGGAGGGGAGAAGGUGGGCAGAAUGAUUUACUUGCUGCUGGUGCCCCUAAGGUGUUGUGUGACAUACCCUACAGUAGAGAAGCAUGCUGUGACAUGCCGCAAUAUUUCACAUCCUGUCAGCAGAGAAGCAGGGUUUGACAUCAAGGGUUCCUUUCAAAUCUGAAGUGCUUCUUGGGGUCCAGAAUCUGGAAUUAGGGUGGAAGCUGAGGAGCAGCAACCAAACAGUCCUGGUGUUUGCCCAGUCACUUUAACAGUAGAUUGGCAAAUAUCUCUGGGUGCCUUAAAUCUUUCUUUAAUAUACAUAGAAGUAUUGACAGCUAUUUGCCGUAACUUUUUUUUUCUUUCUGAAUUACGAACAUUUAAGGGGUUUCUUAAUUAUUUAAUUGCCUACAUUGAAUUGUGGGUGCAGGUGAUUUUGAAUGUAUUUGAGUUAGAAUUUUUGUUAGAUUAAGAAACAGAUACAACACUUUAAGUAGAACUUUGUUUGAGAUAUAUAUAUAUCACACAUCUAUAAAUAUAUAUAUUAAUUUUUUUUGGUGGCAUGUUUGUAUCCUGGACGCAUUGUCUGUAUGUUUAGCUUAAGUGAGUCUGUGAGAGGUGGAAGCGGAGAAGGCAGCAGCGGGACCUUGUGGCUAGAACAGCUGUCUGUCCUCCUGGGACCUGUGCCCAGCCUGGCUGCUUGCUCACUGCAUGACAUGAAACUAAGUCACUUAAAAGCGCUCCGUGCCUCAGUUUCCCUGCCUGUAACAGGGUUGUGCCAGCCUCCCGGCGUGUGGCGAGGCUGGGAGCCGCCUGGCCGAGUGCGGCAGAGGGGGAUGUACGCACUGGCCCGUUUGUUUUCCAAAACUGUUCCCAGCCCUGCUGGUAUUUUGAAGAGCAGAUGUCCAAGUGUUGGGGUGUUCAGGGAUGGAUUGGAAAGUUGAAUCUGCACAUUGUCUGAGCUCUGUCACUGUUGAAAUGUGAGUAGGAUAUGAUUUUUCACAGCUUAGGGAUUUCUGCAUAGUAGUAUCUCUGUUUUGUGUACUGGAAAAAAAACCACCCAACCUUUUUGAAAUAAUUUCUACUAAUAUGGAAACAGACAUCUGGUUGUGCUGAUCUGAAAUUUUAUUUGUUCAUAAUAAAAACGUUACUUUAAAA